GUAUAGGAACCCCGACCAAGAAAAUAGGGCUAGGGUUUCUACAUCCGCAUAUAUAAACCCCCUUUUACACCCCUUGUACCAAUUUUUAGUGACUGAGAUUUCUAGAGCUGAGAAAAGACUGAAAGAGCAGAUACCACUAGUAACAUCAACAAUGGAGCAAACCUUUAUCAUGAUCAAGCCCGAUGGUGUACAAAGAGGAUUGGUUGGUGAAAUCAUCUGCAGAUUUGAGAAGAAAGGUUUCUCCUUGAAGGGAUUGAAGCUUAUUAGUGUUGAACGUGCUUUUGCUGAGAAGCAUUACGAGGAUCUCUCCUCAAAGCCAUUCUUCAGUGGAUUGGUUGAUUACAUUAUUUCUGGCCCUGUUGUUGCUAUGGUUUGGGAGGGAAAGAAUGUUGUUUCUACUGGUCGUAAUAUCAUCGGAGCCACCAACCCAGCAGCCUCUGCUCCUGGUACCAUCCGUGGUGAUUAUGCUGUCGAAAUUGGCAGGAACAUUAUUCACGGAAGUGAUGCAGUUGAGAGUGCAAGGAAGGAGAUUGCAUUGUGGUUCCCUGAUGGUACAGUGAACUGGCAGAGCAGCCUUCACCCAUGGAUCUAUGAGUGCUAGAUGCUCUUCCCUAUAUGCUCUUUUUUGUGUAUUAGGGUUUGGGUUUGUUUUAAUGCUUUCCCAAGUAUUUGUGGCAUUUGAGUUAUGGUCUUAUAUCACAUUUAGUUUUCAGAAUGUUGACUUCUAUUAUGAUAUUUGUGACGGUUGAGCUAUGGCGUAUCACAGUUAGUUUUCAGAAUGUUAUUUCUAUUAUGGUAUCCUUUUUGUGC